AUGGUCGAGGACAAAUACAUAGGUCUAGGCUUGGCGUUGGGCGGAACUUUCUUAAUUGGAUCAAGCUUCAUAAUAACGAAAAAGGGUUUGAUCGAUGCUGCAAAGAGGAAUUUGGAAUACCCACAUUCUCAUCAGAGACAAACGGGACCUCAGAGUGCAUCGGAGGAUCUGUCGUAUUUACAAAAUCCUAUCUGGUGGGCUGGUAUGAUUACAAUGGUGGUUGGAGAAGUCGCGAACUUUGCUGCAUACACUUUCGCACCAGCAAUUUUAGUGACUCCGCUGGGAGCAAUGAGUGUUAUCAUUGGUGCUAUCCUCGCGUCUUUUCUGUUGGACGAAAAAUUGGGUAGAUUGGGAGUCUGUGGAUGUGCAUCGUGUAUCAUUGGAUCUAUUGUUAUUGUCCUUCAUGCUCCAUCAGAUAAAGAAGUAGAGACAGUAGACGAGAUUCUCACAUAUGCAGCAAAACCGGCUUUCCUGUUCUACAUCACUUUCGUAGCGAUUUUCUCUACAUACAUGAUAUAUCGAGUGGUACCUACUCAUGGUACCAGAAAUCCUAUGGUCUACUUAUCUAUAUGUUCGCUGGUUGGAAGCGUAUCUGUCAUGGCUAUCAAGGGUUUCGGGGUUGCCCUCAAGCUGACUUUUGCGGGAAACAACCAACUGACCCAUAUCAGUACGUACGUAUUCGGUGUGGUCGUAGUAGGAUGUAUCAUGAUUCAAAUGAACUACUUCAACAAAGCCUUGGAUACUUUCUCCACCAAUGUCGUAAAUCCAAUCUACUACGUCUUCUUCACCACUGCGACCAUCAUUGCUUCUGCCAUUCUGUUUUCCGGCUUCAACACUCCAGGAGGCGUGAACACGAUAUCUUUGAUUUGCGGUUUUCUCAUCAUCUUCAUGGGUGUCUAUCUACUGAAUAUCUCGAGAGAACCUGAAGUCCCUCAUCACCAAUCCAGCCUUGAAUCUGGAUUAAUGAACCCACGCAUGAGCAUGUCUGGUCGAAUGUCUAUGGACUCCAAUCAAGCUACAUUGUGGAAUUAUGGUUCCGUUCCCGGAGGUCCGACCUAUGCUCCAGACGGUUCUUUAAACUCUGCUACUCACGGACGAAGAAGUAGUAUAUACCGGGCGCAAAAUUCGACUCUAUUCAAUGCAUUUGAGGAGGAAGGUAUGGCCCUUACUCAGCUCCCAGAGGAGGAUGAAUCAGAUGAUGAGGAUGUGAGGAGAGAACAGAAUGCUGGACCGGGUAGAAACUUACUUGGUAAAAAAGGUAGAGAAGAAGUUGCAGGUGGACGACAUCCCGCAUUUCAAGAGGCAGGGCGAUAA